UCCCCCCCAAGUCUCUCUGAAUGUGAGAAAGAUGUUCAACAGAUUGAAGUCAGCUCUCUACAGUGCUGUUGGUGUGGAAGAAGACUCGCCUACUUUUGCAGAAAAUGAUAUUGGUCAACAAAAUGGUGCUGUGGCUCAAGACGGACCAUUUUCUAGGUCAUCCCGUGACAAACGCUUGUCUUACUGCCGGCCUGCAUUCCUUCAGCUAAGCUCCGCUGAUGAAGUUUCUGUCACGGCUGAUCACGCCAUGAGGCCCAUAAUUUGUCCUCGUUCAUUCCUACCUUGGGAUGCUGGUUAUGCAGAGGCCGUUAAUGCAGGGAAAUCUAGGCACAAUGAAGACCAAGGAUGUGUACACGUUGGAUAUUUGUCCCGUUCUCUGGCGUGCAAGCCUUCCCCUCCUCCUUCUCGCUCGUUUUCAGCAAAGCCUGGACAAGAUCAGUCAUUAAUAGAACCCACAUCUCGUGCAGCUUCUGUUCUUGGUAGCAGUGAUUGCCCCCCAGAAUCUUCAAUAAAUUCACUCUUAACUUCUUUAAAUAACGAGUCACAAGCCGUCAGUGUAGAUAAAGAUCUGGUUAAUGGAGAAAUGGAUGAAAAUACGCCGGCACAUAGUGAACAUGGUGAAAAAUUUUCUGAUCCACUACAAACUCCUCCUUCAGACUUUGUAUUAGAAGAUCAUCACAUUGAGACUGAAUUAUCACCCGACCUUGGUGACUCUGAAGACAAUAUUUUUAAUAACUCCAAUGCCAAUCAUUUUUCCAUAGAUUGCUCAAAUGAUGAAUCGGGUGAUGUUCAUUCCCACAGCAGAAGUGAGUGUAAUGGUACUGACAAAGGAGAGCCGACAACAUCUCACAGCUCUCCCUCAGGCAGCCCGCAUUUCUUCCGUUCUCUACCAGAAGACCAAUUAUUUGUUGACGAAGGUAGCGGAAAAAUAGGCGUUUCUGUGCCUUACUAUUACUUUGCUGUGUUUGAUGGGCAUGCUGGCUGGGGCGCAGCUGUUUAUGCAUCCCAGCAUCUGCAUCACAUUCUACACACGAACCUCUGCAAAGUUGUAGAGUUCAUCAUUCCUGACUUGCUGAAAAAAGAUAUUCCUGCCUGGCAGCAACCUGUUGAUACCGCCAGCGUAGUGACAGGCGCUCUUGAGCAGUCAUUUUAUUUUAUGGAUAAAAAAAUAGAAGAGGAUCGUCAACGCGUUGGUGUGGGUGGCGGCUGCACCGCGUGCGUUGCGCUUUUCAUUAUGGGUAAAUUAUACGUGGCUAAUGCCGGUGAUUCUCGGGCCACCGCUUGUCUGCAUGGCAAGCCCCACAGCAUGAGCUACGACUUCACUCCUGAAAGCGAGAACUAUCGCAUACGUAAACAUGGCGCUCAGCAUCCUGACUUGCUUCGCGGCAUUUACAGUCCAAUAGAGUUUGUGCGACGUCCAUUGAGACGAGAGUUGGGCGCGUCAGUUCUUUGCAGGCAACCAUACAUGGCAAGGGGUUGGGUGUACAAGAAAAUUACCGAGGAAGACUUAAAAGUUCCUCUGGUCAGCGGCUCUGGUAAAAGAAGCAGAGUCAUGGCCACCAUAGGUGUCACUCGGGGUUUUGGCGACCACGACCUCAAAGGUCAGUUGACCAAUGUACACAUCAAGCCUUUCCUGUCAUGUGAACCUGAAGUUCGGAUACUAGACUUGGAACUUGAAGACUUGAGCGACCAGGACGUUCUCAUACUAGCCACUGAUGGGUUGUGGGACAUAAUGACCAAUGAGAGGGCCGUGUCUACUCUACUGCAGUCCAUGGAACGAUCGCUGCACCACUUCCCAAGCAGUGACCCAAGUCGCCACAAGUACCGCUACAUGAGCGCUGCACAGGACCUCGUCAUGGGCGCCAGAGGCAAGCUGACCGAGCGAAACUGGCGGACAAGCGACAACAAGCACGCCACCAUCGAUGAUAUUUCAGUCUUCGUGGUGCCACUAAAGUCCUAUCAGGAGGAGCACCAGAAGUGGAAGAACUGGUUUGAAGCUCGCGCGUCACUGAUGGUUGGCACUGGUGGUGCUCAACUUACUGGCACUCAGGGGACAAGCGUCACGAAUGGUACUCAGGAGUCAGCACAAAACGGUGAACCCAGUGCUAGUCAAUCAAUUAUAAAUUCUCAACCAAAGGCUUCAAGUGAUGAACUUGUCGAAAAAGAGCCUAAAAUAACUAACCUACACAACGUCGAGCAAAUUAGUCUCGUAGAUGAUAAUAAUAGAAGCAGCGAAUCCAAUUAUCAGCUGGAUUACGAUCCAGCAGUUAUUCAUACUCUUACGGAUUCCUUGGGUUCUGUUACAUUAACUGACGCAGCAGCAUGUGCACCAGUUCCUGGCCCAUCCCUUGUAAGCAAUGCCGACACUUCCUUCAAUCUCUUAAGUUCCCAGAAUUGCGUCAAUGUAGCUGUAACAGGCACUGCUCCCGAACCUAACGGAGGAGAAAAUUCCAUGGUUGACGUCAGUUUAACCGCUAGCACUCCUGAACCUUCUCUCUCCUGCGGAGAUAAUCCAAAGCUCGGUCUCGUCUCCAUUGAUUCUGUUGGUGCCAACACCGUGCUUGACCAAAGUUACACCGCGGCUGCUGACAACUCUUUCAUUCCAGUUCUCGCGACACAAAGUUUGGAUCCAGGUGAAGGUCAUCCUGCAUCAACACCUGAUCCUUGUAUGGUUGUUCCCGAUGGCGUUGCAUCUGUCGAUAUUGCGCUGCCAAUUCCUAAAGACUCUGAUUUGAGACCUGCUUUCGAUGAUGGCAUUUCCGUUCCUGACUUGGUCUGUGAUGACAAUUGCCAGGAUAAUAGCGAAUUAUCCUGUCUCUGAACCAUUCCGUUCUAAGGUGUCAACCAUGACUACACUUUUUUUAUGGUACCUAAUUGUACAUAGACUGAGACAUGCCAUUAGUGAUCAAAUUCUAUAUCUCAUUUUGUAAUAAUCUUUGUAGUAAUUUAUUUUUUUACCUAGUAUUUAUUGUUUGUAUAAGCUCUGGUUCAUCAGUUGUAGCUGUAGUGUAAGCUUAGUAGCCUCGAAGUGUUCAAAAUUGUGGCCUUUUUGCCCAAUGGAAGUAAGAUCUUCACAUGUCCCGUAGCGUUGUCAUUGACGCGCUAAAAACUCGUGUGCUAACAAAACUGAAAACUAAAACACGUCACAGUUAAUUGUUCCUUACUGCAUAAUGUAUAUUCCUGAUGUAGCUUGUUUUUGUGCUUACGAAAGGUUGCAAGUUGUUCCUGUUAAUGCUCGGGCUGCUACAUGUAUGGUGUUAGGAGAUGAAUUUUUUUAAAUUGCGCAUUCGUUUCUGUUAUUCCGAUAAUUUAAAUUUGCGUCUUCUUAUUUGCCAUUCUCUCUCUUUCUCUCUCGUUCCUGGGCAUCUGAUUUUUUUAUUAUUUUUAACAUUGAGCUUAUGAGACAGAAUCAAGAGCUCGUCGAAAGUCCAAAGAGAACUACAAUUGUGUUCAUCCUUCGAUCAAUAAUUGAUAAAUACGUAUUUUAAAUUGUUGUAAGAAAAGUUUCUGUGUCAUGUUGUGUUCGUUCAAAAGAAGGACUUGUCACCGACAAUUUAGAGCACAAAUUCUGGUUGAUGUUUAAAGUUCUUCAGCGCAUGCUGAAUAGGAAAUUCAUAAGUUAUUCAACUCCGCAAUUUAUUAAGACAAGGUGGAACAAGAUAUACUGCAAAUAGCGCAGUCCACGUUUUUCUAGAAUUGCUCCAGUAUUAUUACUUUUAUUUUCAAUGCUGAUUAAAAAAUUGUACUAUCAUUUAA